AUGUCCGCUUUUCCUUCUUCGUUCGGUGACAACGGUGGCACUUGGCGCGAGCCCCUUCAGGUCAUUAGUGAUUUGCAUGACCCCCGCGAGGAUCCCACGGAUCAUAGCGAUUCCGACAGCGAACAUUCCGCAUGCGCUUGUGGUUCCGACGCUUCCCGCGCUCGUAUCUAUUGUUAUCUUGCCGCUGGCGGCAUCGAUUACAACGGCUUUGGUGUUGCGCUGUAUGGACCUUUCACGCACUUGGAUGAGGAAAUCGCGUUCGGCUUCUUGCGCUUCUGUUUUGAGAUGGGGCUGAACUUUGAUACCGUUUGCAAAGGUUUGGCCGGAAACACUCUCGAACGCCCGACCGCCACCGCUUUGCGUUUGCGCUACGCUAUCGACGCCAACCCCUCUCAGUUCGCUUUGCGCGAACUCGGUGAUAUCACCCGCGUUGCGAUCCAAUGGCGUUCUGCGCGCAAUCGAUACCAAGCCAGACCCAAUCGUCAGCGUACUACGGGCCGUCUCCUGCCGGUUCAUGCUGGUGCUAUUCGUCCUGGUGCUGAUGCCGAUUUACGUCCUCAGAGUACUCCUAUCAACCCGUCACCGCAGGAGAUGAUGGCUUUAAUCGAUCGCACUCUUGAUCAGAUGCAACGCGUAACUCCCACUGCGUCGGGUACCGGAGUCACCAAAGGUCUGCCCAAAUACGAUGGCACCAAGUAUAAUCAAGAUUCCUGCCGCAUUCUUCAAUGGCUCCGUACGUUUGAUCGUCUUGCCGACUCGUGCGGCGUACAAGAAAAGGAUCGCUUUCGGUGGUUGUCCCAGGCUCUCGACGACAAGGACACCUUAACGUGGACUUGGUACACAGCGUACAAAGGCAACAAUCAAGAUUGGGCCCGGGUUCGUACCGAUAUGGUCUUGGAAUGUGCCUCGUCGGUCGAUCGUGAUUCGUCCCUCGUUGCGGAUUGCAUCCAGUCCUUCUCCCGUGCCGAAGGUCAGACCGUCCGACAGUAUGGUAGCUCGUUCCUUUCAAUGGUCGACGAGCUCGAAUAUCUCAACAAACAUAUUGCUAUGGUUUCCACGGAGCUGACACAGUCUCAGAUUGCGCGUGCCUUCCUUCGCGGAUUAGGUGAUUCAAGUACUCGCGCGUAUGCCCUCGCACUCCCGAACUUUAACAGCAUCCCGGUUACCGACUUGGUGCGCGCUUGUGCUGCGUACGCCGAACGAGACGAAGCCUACUCUACUCCGGCUGGCAACCGUACGGUAUCUCAAGAUCGUCCGGCGGUCCCCGACACUUUGCGAUCUUCUAUUUCUCGAUGGAACCAGCGUGCGACCCUUCCGUCUCGUGCUCCCGGUACACGCGCAGCGACGACGCCGGCAGCGGUUACCACUACGACCACCAUUCCGGCGGUUCCGAAUGCGGUAGAUGACCUCGCCACGCGCAUGCAGAAUCUCGCGGUUAAAACGGGUGCCAAUGCCAACUGGUAUCCCCCCGGACCGCCGUCUCUUCGUCCCCAGCGACGUGAACGUUCUUGUUUCCGUUGCGGCCAGACCAGCCAUAUGGCCCGCGAAUGCAAGUCGAUGACCAAGCUUGACACUUGGCGAGGUUAUCAACUUGCCGCUUCCUUCUAUCCUGAUCACGAAUACGACGACGAACAUCAGGAGUACUACAUGAAUGUCUUGCGCAAGGUUGGGGAUUACUACAAAGAACCGGAAGAAGCGGAUUUUUGGCAUGGGAGCUCGGCGUAG